GACAGGGCGGGGCGAGUGGGGGCCAAGGCGGCUCUUCCCUCCGUGCCCCUGAGUCCCCAGUCCCCAGCCCCGGGACGCAGAGGAGCCCGGCGGGCAGUCCCAGCCCCUGCCGCGGCCGUCCCGGGGGACGCAGGCGCCAAAGCCCCUCCGGCCCGGGCAAGGAGCCGGGUCGGCCUAGCCAGCAUCAACAGCCCCAUGGCCCCAGCUGGCUACUGAGCCCCACCAUGGGCAGCGUGUACUCAGAGUACCUAAGCUCCAGCAAGGUCAGGGAACACUAUAAUUACACCAAGGAGAGUCCUGACACGAAGGAUACGCCCUCCCGUCAGGUGGCCUCGGCCCUCAUCAUCCUCCUGUGUUGUGCCAUCAUAGUAGAGAACCUCCUGGUGCUCAUCGCAGUUGCCCGCAACAGCAAGUUCCACUCGGCCAUGUACCUGUUCCUGGGCAACCUAGCGGCAUCAGACCUGCUGGCGGGCGUGGCCUUCAUAGCCAAUACCUUGCUCUCUGGUUCUGUCACACUAGGGCUGACGCCUGUGCAGUGGUUCGCCCGCGAGGGCUCUGCCUUCAUCACCCUCUCCGCCUCUGUCUUCAGCCUCCUGGCCAUCGCCAUUGAGCGGCACGUGGCCAUCGCCAAGGUCAAGCUCUAUGGCAGUGACAAGAGCUGCCGCAUGCUGCUGCUCAUCGCGGCCUCAUGGCUCAUCUCGCUGGUCCUCGGCGGCCUGCCCAUCCUCGGCUGGAACUGCCUGGGCCAUCUGGAGGCCUGCUCCACCGUUCUGCCGCUCUACGCCAAGCCCUACGUGCUCUGCGUGGUGACCAUCUUCUCGGUCAUCCUGUCGGCCAUCGUAGCUCUGUACAUCCGCAUCUACUGUGUGGUCCGCUCCAGCCAGGCUGAUGUGGCCGCCCCACAGACACUCGCCCUGCUCAAGACGGUCACCAUCGUGCUGGGUGUCUUUAUCUUCUGCUGGUUGCCCGCCUUUAGCAUCCUCCUCUUGGACUAUGCCUGUCCGGUCCGGACCUGCCCCAUGCUCUACCAGGCCCACUACUUUUUUGCCUUCGCCACCCUCAACUCGCUGCUCAACCCGGUCAUCUACACGUGGCGCAGCCGGGACCUGCGGCGGGAGGUGUUACGGCCACUGCAGUGCUGGCGGCAGGCGGCAGGGGUGCAGGGGCGGCGGGACGGAACCCCGGGCCACCACCUCCUGCCCCUUCGCAGCUCCAGUUCCCUGGAGAAGGGCAUGCAGAUGCCCACGUCACCCACAUUUCUGGAGGGCAACACAAUGGUGUGAGGGGCAAGUGGGCUGACAGCCAGGCCACCAUGGCAGAGUUCCGUGGAGAAGCUCCGGGGACCUGGGACAGAAAUGGGGCUGUGAGGGGGCAGGGAUUGCCAAGUAAGAUGCCCCCAUUCCACAGACCUGGGUGAUGCUGAAGAUUUUUCAUGCUUGGGACGGUCAACUGAGGCUUUGACCAGUCAGAUGGCACAGCAGCAAGCAGGGUCCUGGGGCUCAGCAUGGUGACCUCUUUGAAACUGGAUCGUGGGGAGGACCGGGGACGGGGGUGGGGUGGGGGAACCUGGAAAGGACCUGAGUGACAGCAGGCAGGUGCUCGAGUGGAACACAGCAUAGGAGCCAUUUCCAACCCCAGAUGAAGAAUGUCAACAUUUCGCCUGACCCUCCGCCCUGUUUCUGACUCCCCUCUCUGAAUUUACCAUCCCCCCUUGCCACCUUCUUCUGGCCACCUCAGAGCCUACUCCCCUGGAACCACUGCAUCCCGAGGGGCUGGAGACCUCCUCUCUGAUCUUUCUGGGCGGCCCUGGGGCAAACAGUUCCUGGCCUCAAAUCCACAGCUUCCCCAAAUGUCACCAGCUGCCACUCUGGCAACUUCUUCCCUUUCUUUUCUUAUUCUACAGGAGAUGCCAGGAAACCACGUGGGGGCGGGGGGGACUAACCCCCAUUCUCAGACCUCAUUGGCCAGAUUGCACUACUGGGGGCUCAGAGGAGUCACCCAGGGCUGGGAAAACUGGUCUGGGGGCCUGAGGAGGGCUCUCCCAUUGGGGCAGGGUGGAAUAGGAGAAAGUGCUAGGGGAGCUGUUGACACCACACCUCCAACCCCCCAUAAAAUAACCACCCUCCCUCAAGCGCCACUCACUUCCAGACCCACCAAGGUACCCAAUCUAGGACAGGACAGCCUUGAGCCCCCUGUGCCUCCUUCCCAGCUACACCAGAUGGAGCACGGGGGUGGGGGUAUCAAGGACAAUGGUGGGAUGCCCUCUCUUAACCCACUCCAGAAGGACUUUGCUAAAUCUGUGGAUGGAGGGAAGGGAUAUUGCGGUACAAACAUAUAUUUAUGCGCGUCUGUCAGUGUCUGUGCGUGUGUGUGUGUGUAUGUGUAAUAUAUGUGGUCCCCUCCUCUCGCCAUGUCUCCCAGGAUGCAUGCUAUUUUGUCUCCUCUCGUCUGUAUUGAAGCUGCCAAAGAGAGGUCUGGUCCUGCACCGACCCCUUUGUCAUUGCUGGCUUAUCUCCCCGCUGGAGAGCUGGGGUGCAGUUCACCUAGGGGGUGGGGGGAAGGAACCCUCAUGCCUGAAAGUGAUUUCUUGUGACUGCAAAGGCUGGGGGAGGGGAUCUCUGGGGGGGCAAGGAGCCAGUUGGGGGCUCGUCUCCCCUUACACAGCUCCCCAGAUGCCCCUCCUGCCUGAGACUCAGGCCCAGGCCAAUAAACGGUUCAGUGUCUCUU